AUGGGUAAGAGAGAGAUAAGUGUGUGUCAACAAACUUGUGCCUUAUUAUGCAAGAACUUUCUUAAAAAAUGGAGAAUGAGAAGAGAAUCCUUAAUGGAAUGGUUGAACUCAUUGGUCCUACUACUUUUUUUGUACCUAUAUCCUCAUAAUCAUCAAGUUAAUGAUUUUUCUUCAUUGCCUACCAUGGACCUGGGACGGGUAGAUUCGUUUAAUGAAUCUGUAUUUUCUAUUGCAUAUACACCUGUCACCAAUACAACCCAACAGAUAAUGAAUAAAGUCUCUUCCAUCUCCUUUAUGACAGAUAGACACAUCUUUGGACUGUCAGAUGAAGAAAGUAUUAAAGAAUUAACAGCAAAUUAUCCUGGAGAAAUAGUGAGAGUCAUCUUUACUGAUACAUACUCAUAUCAUUUGAAGUUCUCGCUGGGACGUAGAAUCCCAACAAAAAAGGAACACAGGGACCAUACAGCUCAUUGUAAUGAAAUAAAUGAAGAUAUUGACUGUGAAGUUUCAGUAUUCUGGAAGGAAGGUUUUGUGGCUCUUCAAGCUGCCAUUAAUGCUGCUAUUAUAGAAGUGACAACAAAUCAUUCAGCGAUGGAGGAAUUGAUGUCAGUUACUGGAAAAAAUAUGAAGAUACAUUCCUUCAUUGGUCAAGCAGGGAUUAUAACUGACCUUUUUAUUUUCAUCUGCAUUAUUUCCUUUUCCCCGUUCACCUACUAUGCAUCUAUUAAUAUUGCAAGAGAGAGGAAAAGGAUGAAGGGCUUCAUGACAAUGAUGGGUCUUCGAGAUUCAGCAUUCUGGCUUUCCUGGGGUUUGCUCUAUGCUGGUUUCAUCUCCAUUAUGGCCUUUUUCUUGGCACUUGUUAUAAAAUCAGUCCAGUUUGUCAUUCUGACUGGCUUCAUGGUGGUCUUCACCCUCUUUCUCCUGUAUGGAUUGUCUUUGAUAGCUUUGGCUUUCUUAAUGAGCGUCUUGGUAAAAAAAUCUUUCCUCACCAGCCUGGCCGUGUUCCUUCUCACUGUCUUUUUGGGGAGUCUGGGAUUCACAGCAUUGUACAGAUAUCUUCCUGAGUCCGUGGAGUGGAUUUUAAGUUUUCUUAGCCCCUUUGCCUUCAUGCUUGGAAUGGCCCAGCUUUUACACUUGGACUAUGAUUUGAAUUCUAAUGCAUUUCCUGAUCCAUCGGGCGGCUCAAAUCUAAUUAUAGCGACAAAUUUCAUGUUGGCAUUUGAUACCCUACUCUAUCUGGCACUGAUGAUUUACUUUGAAAAAGUUUUGUCAAAUGAAUACGGACAUCGAUAUCCACCCUUGUGUUUCCUGAAGUCCUCAUUUUGGUCACGACAGCAAAAGGCUGAAUGUGUGGCCCUAGAAGAUGCAAUAGAUUCUGGUCCUUCUUCAUCUAAUGACUCUUUUGAACCAGUGUCUCCAGAAUUCCAUGGGAAAGAAGCCAUCAGAAUCAGAAAUGUUACAAAAGAAUAUAAAGGAAAGCCUGAUAAAAUAGAAGCUUUAAAAGUGGGUUAUCUGUUCCGACCAAAGAUACAAAGAGUUUUGCUGGAGUUAGAAAUGAAAAACAUUCAGGAUGUUGUUGUUCAAAACUUAAGCGGUGGACAGAAAAGAAAACUGACUUUUGGGAUUGCCAUUUUAGGAGAUCCCCAGGUUUUCCUGUUGGAUGAACCAACUGCUGGGCUGGACCCCUUUUCAAGACACCGAGUAUGGAACCUCCUGAAAGAACGUAAAACAGACCGUGUGAUCCUCUUCAGCACUCAGUUCAUGGACGAGGCUGACAUCCUGGCUGAUAGGAAAGUGUUCCUCUCCAAAGGGAAGCUGAAGUGUGCAGGCUCUUCUCUGUUUCUAAAGAAGAAAUGGGGGAUUGGAUAUCACUUAAGUUUGCAGUUAAGUGAAAUACGUGUUCAGGAAAAGAUAACAUCACUUGUUAAACAGCACAUCCCCGACGCCAAAUUAUCAACAGAAAGUGAAGGAAAACUUGUUUAUACAUUACCCUUAGAAAGAACGAAUAAAUUUCCAGAACUUUACAAAGAUCUUGACAGCUGUCCUGGCCUGGGAAUUGAGAACUACGGUGUUUCCAUGACAACUUUAAAUGAAGUAUUCCUGAAACUAGAAGGAAAAUCAGCAAUUGAUGAAUCAGAUAUUGCCAUUUUGGGAGAAGUACAAGUGGAAAGAGCUGGGGACACAGAAAGACUUGUUGAGAUGGAACAAGUUCUUUCUUCACUUAACGAGAUGAAAAGUACAAUAGGUGGCAUGGCUCUGUGGAGACAGCAAAUCUGUGCAAUUGCGAGGGUUCGCUUAUUAAAGUUAAAGCAUGAAAGAAAAGCUCUUUUAUCACUGCUAUUGAUUAUGGUAAUUGGAUUGACCCCUCUUCUUUUGGAGUUUAUCAUGGUGAAAAUACAUCAAAACAGUUACACUUGGGAACUUUCUCCUCAUUUGUACUUCCUUGCUCCUGGGCAACAACCACGUGACCCUCUCACUCAGUUAUUGAUCAUCAAUAAAACAGGCACAAGCAUUGAUGACUUUAUACAUUCUGUGGAACACCAGAACAUAGCUUUGGAAGUGGAUGCAUUUGGAACUAAAAAUGGCAUAGAUGACCCAUCUUACAAUGGAGCCAUUAUCGUGUCUGGUAAUAAAAAGAAUUACAGUUUUUCUUUAGCAUGCAAUACCAAGAGACUGAAUUGUUUUCCAGUUCUUAUGGAUAUUGUUAGUAAUGGACUACUUGGAAUGGUUAAACCUUCAGCACAUAUCCAAACUGACAGAAGCACAUUUUGGGAGGACACACCAAUUAAUCCAUUUAAUUUCCUGGGAUAUACCAUGUUCUGGCUGAUGUUGGCAUCCAGUUGUGCACCUUAUAUUGCCAUGAGCAGCAUUGAUGAUUGUAAGAACAAAGCUCGGUCCCAGCUACGGAUUUCGGGGCUCUUCCCUUCUGCUUACUGGUUUGGGCAGGCACUGGUGGAUAUUCCCAUGUACUUCCUGAUUCUCCUUUUCAUGUAUUUAGUGGACUACCUUUUAAACCUCCAAGAUACUAUAUUUAUGUUUAUAAAUCAGAUUAUUCAAGUCCCCUGUGCUAUCGGUUAUGCCACAUCCCUUAUCUUCUUGACAUACGUGAUUUCAUUCAUUUUUCAUAAGGGGAGAAAAAAUAGUGGCAUUUGGUCAUUUUGCUUCUAUGUUAUCACCCUAUUCUCUCUGGCUGGAUUCAUACUGGAUGUCUACGAAAGUGGUGCACUGUAUUUCAUCCCCUUCUUGAUACCACCUGGAACAUUGAUUGGCUGUUUGUUCUUAUCUUUUAGCCUUUUCAUGUUUAGUAUCUUUAGUGAAGAGCCGAAGGGUGUGGAGCCAUUUCUGGUAUUCCUAAUUCCUUUUCUUCAAUUUAUCAUUCUACUUUUUAUUCUUCGAUGUCUGGAAUGGAAGUUUGGAAAGAAAUUGAUGAGAAAGGAUCCGUUCUUUAGAAUAUCUCCAAGAAGCAGUGAUGUGCGUCAAAAUCCAGAAGAACCAGGAGAAGAAGAUGAAGAUGUUCAGAUGGAAAGAAUCAGAACAGCAGAUGCCUUGAAUUCCACAGAUUUUGAUGAGAAGCCAGUCAUUAUUGCCAGCUGUCUACGCAAGGAAUAUGCAGGGAAGAGGAAACACUGUUUUUCCAAGAGGAAGAAUAAAAUAGCCACAAGAAAUGUCUCUUUCUGUGUUAGAAAAGGUGAGGUUUUAGGACUAUUGGGACACAAUGGAGCUGGUAAAAGUACAUCCAUUAAGGUGAUUACUGGAGAUACAAAACCAACUGCUGGACAGGUGCUACUAAAAGGGAGCAGCGGAGGGGACAGCCUGGGGUUCCUGGGGUACUGUCCUCAGGAGAAUGCGCUGUGGCCCAACCUGACAGUGAGGGAACACCUGGAGGUCUACGCCGCCGUGAAAGGGCUGAGGAAAGCAGACGCCAAGGUCGCCAUCACACGGUUAGUGGAUGCGCUCAAGCUGCAGGAGCAGCUGAAGGCUCCUGUGAAGACACUGGCAGAGGGACUAAAGAGAAAGCUGUGCUUCGUGCUGAGCAUCCUGGGGAGCCCGUCGGUGGUUCUUCUGGAUGAACCGUCGACCGGGAUGGACCCCGAGGGGCAGCAGCAGAUGUGGCAGGCAAUCCGGGCCACCUUUAGAAACACGGAGAGGGGUGCCCUCCUGACCACCCACUACAUGGCCGAGGCCGAGGCUGUGUGUGACCGAGUGGCCAUCAUGGUGUCUGGAAGGCUGAGAUGUAUUGGUUCCAUCCAACACCUGAAAAGCAAAUUUGGCAAAGAUUACCUUCUGGAGAUGAAAGUGAAGACUCCUGCCCAAGUGGAGCCCCUUCAUGCAGAGAUUCUGAGGCUUUUCCCCCAGGCUGCUCGGCAGGAAAGGUACUCUUCUCUGAUGGUUUAUAAGUUGCCAGUGGAAGAUGUGCAACCUUUAGCCCAAGCUUUCUUCAAAUUAGAGAAGGUUAAACAGAGCUUCGACCUGGAGGAGUACAGCCUCUCACAGUCCACUCUGGAGCAGGUUUUCCUGGAGCUCUCCAAGGAGCAGGAGCUAGAUGAUUUUGAUGAAGAACUUGAUCCCUUGGUGAAAUGGAAGCUCCUCCCACAGGAAGAGCCUUAAAACCCCAAAUACUCUGCGUUCCUGUUUAACUCUGUGGCUAUUUUUUUAAGACAUUUAUUUUUAUAGCAUCAAUAUCACAUUUUUAGAAACCGUAUGGUAAACACUGAGAUGGUUCUUUGUGUGGUGCAAGUGUGGGUAAAUGCAGCAACUGCUGUGGACAGUCCUGCCUUUCACAGCUUCUGUAUCCCUGCAGGCCACCCUGGCUCCAUGGUUCUGUAUAAUGCUGAAUAAAAAAGAAGACACUUUUAUAAGAUUAAGUUUCUGAGUAUGAUAAACAAAUUUUGUUUAAUUUUUUUUAAUCAAAGCUUUAAAACACUUUUUUCUAACCUAGACUGAGAAAUUCAUAUAUUUACUCUUACGAGAGGUUGAUACUUGGUAAAGUUAAUACUUUAGUCAGAAUUUAAAAGUAUCAUAUAUUUGAAAUAGAUUUUAGUGUAUUUCUUAUGGCUAAAAAUACUAAAACAUCAUUGAUCAUAAUAUCCUAUAUCAAUAUAUAAUAUUUAUCCACUGGUAACACUAUAAUAUAGACACAAUCUGGAAAACCAAAAACUUGCUAUUAGGAGUUUAUUGCACAUUUUUUUUUUAUUUCUGUAAACCAACUGUGUCCCAUUUUCAUAGUAUUUUUAAAUCUAGGCUCUAGAGAUGCCUAUAUUGUAAUUGAUCUUUUGUGGAUAUUUGUCAUUUAGUUUCAGGAAGUGGGUAAAUGUAGCAGAUUAAAUGACAGAACAGAUGAAAAAUGCAAAAUAAAUUUCAAAAUGUAGUUUUGAAAUCCA